CACGACUGACACUAGAACCUCUGUCCGAAUGUGAUCGCUUGAUUUGACACACUAAAUUGGCUCAGACACGUGUGUUUGGUCUGCAGAAAUAAAGGUUAUAGUCAGGGAGUAAACCACUCGGCUGAGCUUUUGUGAUUUGAAAAGUGCUGCGCUUUAACUUCCGGCUUUUGCCCGCGAUCCAAUCAGCUUCGACUCGCCUCUGGUCCACCUGGGAGUCAGUGCGGGACUGUCAACUCCUGGACGUGUCUCUGUUUCGGUAGUGAACAUCUGGUGCCAGACUGUUUAUAUAAAGUUUAAUCCGCAGUUGGAGGGUUAACAGGUUCCUCGGGCGUGUCGCUAAAGAGCUCGGAAUGGACUGGUUUUAUUCGCGGUGUCACCCAGAUCAUGUUUCACGCGGCAUGAACAGACAUCGACUUGUCAUAUUCUGGAGUGUGAUCCUGAGCAUGUUGCUGUACCCAGUGAUAUCGAUGUUGGCGGUUCAGCUGUACACAGAGCUGAGUGGCAGUUAUGCUGCUGGACAUCAUUCUGUAUUGCUCAUUAACUGUCCCACUGAGCAGACUGCUAGAGAUGUUGCCAGAUACAUCAUGGAGAAAAGGAUGGCAGCAUGUGUGAAUAUUCUUCCCCGUACAUCCACCAUGUAUUACUGGAAAGGGGAGAUUCAAGAUUCUUCCGAAAUCCUGCUGCUGGUGAGGACUAGAACUUCUAUGAUUCCUCGACUCACUGAUUUAAUAAAAACCGUACAUCCAUACCAAACUCCAGAAAUCCUCAGUUUACCCAUUCAAGAUGGAAGUCUUUCCUACAUGAAAUGGAUAGAUGAUGCAGUUCCAAAUGUAUGACCCAUAUCAUCGCCCUGUUGUCAAAUGAAAGCG